AGGGCAAGACAGGCGUUCCUUUUGUCGAUGCCAACAUGCGAGAGCUGGCUGCGACAGGCUUCAUGUCUAACAGAGGGCGGCAGAACGUCGCCAGCUUUCUCACCAAGGACCUGGGUCUGGACUGGAGGAUGGGGGCGGAAUGGUUCGAAUACCUGCUGGUGGAUUACGACGUCUGUAGCAAUUACGGCAACUGGUUAUACAGCGCUGGUAUUGGCAACGACCCACGGGACAACAGGAAGUUCAACAUGAUUAAACAAGGCCUGGAUUACGAUGGCAAUGGGGAUUACAUCCGGCUGUGGGUCCCAGAACUACAGGGCAUAAAAGGAGCAGAUAUCCACACCCCUUGGGCACUCAACAGUGCUGCUCUCUCUCAAGCAGGAGUAACUCUAGGUGAGACCUACCCACAGCCUGUUGUGACAGCCCCGGAGUGGAGCCGACACAUCAACCAGAGGCCUGUGAGUACUGGGAACGUUCGGAUGGGGAGAGGACCUGCACGCACGCCAGUGCAGCACCAAGACAGAGGGGUAGAUUUUUACUUCUCUCGCAAGAAAGAUGUGUGA